UUAUACUGGCGACAUCUCGGAUCUUUUACUACUUUCACGCCCCUCCACUUCUCCCCUUUCCCGUCUCACACUUCUUUCUUCUUCACUUAUAUUCAAGGGCUCGGAAGUAUACGGCCUGAAAACGAUACGAGGUUGCUAUUUUUGUUGCCUCCCACUUCGACGCCCGAGCCCCUCCCCCAUCACUCAAAAAAUCUGGCCCUGGACACAUCUUCCCGGGACAGCUUCUAUAGCUGUCCCGAUCUGUCGACGCUGCAGAUAUCGCAGGUCUCUGAUUUCGAUAGCUCCGACACUCCUCAGACCGAUAUUUCUCGCUCGCCAUCGCUGUCCGAGCCUGCCCCGCACCCGAAGAAGCGAUCCAAAGCCCAGUCAGUCUCGCGAAAGGCCCGUGGCGUCGUCGGUAAAGUGCGAGCACUCCAGCGGAUCGCGGCCGCCAAAAUGGCGCAUCCGUCUAUCAAGAUCGACACUAGCGUGCAGACAACCAAGCGCGGCCUGCCUGAGAACAACGAUGCAGGCCUCGAUGUACUGGGUGACCAGGACCCCAAGUUGGACGCUGGGAAUACGGAAGAUAUCCCGCCGUUCUUGUGUCUAUCUGUCGCGGAGAUCCAUGAAAAGUUCGAGGAUCUAGAAUGGAUGCAGCGGACACGUCUCGCGGAGGGUCUGAUGGCCAAUGACAUGUCGCAUCCUUUCGCCCUCGAGGUCGAUCCGAAGGUCAAGGAGAGGAACCGAUAUUUGAAUGUGCAGGCGUGGGCAAACUGUCGCAUUCACUUGCGAGUGGCUGACGGCGAGUGUGAUUUUAUCAACGCCUCUCCGAUUCUUUUGGAAGAUUCCGUGACGAGGGAAAGAAGGAAAUAUAUUGCAACACAGGGUCCCACACUUGGUCACCUCGCUCAUUUCUGGCACAUGGUAUUCCAUGAGAGUCAAGAGGUCGGUGUGAUUGUAAUGCUUACCCAAACUUUCGAAGCGGGCCGGGAAAAGUGCGCUCAAUACUUCCCACUGGACACUGAGCAGGCUUCGAUGGUUUUGUCAACAGACAAGUCGGACCUUUUCUUCAAUGUGGAUGAGCAAACAGAGCCUGGCGUUUUGGGCAAAGUCACACUGUUGGAGUCAACUUUCGAUGCUAGGUCCCGAUCUGAAAUCCGCAAACUCGAGCUGUCCAUCGGUUCAAAGUCAAAGAUUGUUUGGCAUUUUCUCUUCGCUGGCUGGGCCGAUUACUCAAAGCCCGAGGGUAGUGAUCGCCAGGCCCUGCUCGAGCUCAUCAAGUUGUCUGCCUCGAAGUCCAGCAUUGAAAACCCGCGUAUUGUGCAUUGCAGUGCUGGAGUUGGUCGGACCGGAACCUUUAUCGCACUGGACCAUUUGCUUUGUGAGCUGGAAUCGGGUCAUCUACUGAAUGUCACGGAUCCCGAAAUUGAUCCUGUUUUCGAAACCGUCAAUCAGAUGCGCGAGCAACGGAUGAUGAUGGUCUAUAAUGAAAUGCAGAUGCAAUUCAUCUACGAGGUCCUCCGCGAACAAACCGACUCCAAGCUGGGCAAGGUUCCAGAUCAUGACUCUGAUGCCCCCGGCGAUGGCGAAGAAAGGUCUGCCAAAGUCGCCAAACUCAGUGACGAGGCCGGCUACGUGCCGACUGCCAAACCAGAGCUGGAGGUUGCCCCAAGUCGCAUUUCCACGCCAACCAGAAGCUGGUCCGGUACGCCGGAAGUGUCUGAUAACGAAUAACGUCCGCUCCGCCUUGAGCAACUUGCUUUAUACGCAUUAUUUUUCCCCCUCCUCAUCCGUCACGUUAUUUUGCCUCGUCGAUCGCGAGCCUUGGUCUCUUGGUUGAAUAUCUUCCCGUUCUGCAUUAAAUCAUGGCCGGUGUUCGUUUGAUUUCUGCUAUUUUUUGUUCAUAGUUUCGCGUUCUGCUAUACGCCCACUGCAUCUUUCUUCCCCGUUGAAAUACCCAUUGUUUGUCUUUCACCCUGCUCUUCUAGGGGAUUGUAGUUAUUAUGAUUGUUGACUAGCAUUAGCUGUUAUCUCGCUAGAGUUCCUGUAUAUUAGUCAAUUGGUGAUUUAAAUUGCGCUGCUACACGGCACAAAGCCUGGUUUAAAUGGUCGAUGAUUAACUUGCAAUAUAUAUAGUUGAGG